GUCUCACUGUAACUUAACGCACCAGUUCAGCAGUGCAGACAAAACGAACAGGCCUUUUAUUAGUAUUUCGUCGGUGUUGUAGGUUAUAUUCGCAAUUUAUAGGUUAUAUUUCAGUUAACGAAUAGAAAACAGCUGUCACUAUAUGGCUACUCUUAGAUUAAUGACAAUUUUACGAAGAGCCACGUACUUCACUCAAGAUUUCAAUCAACGUCACGUGGCACAUAAGCUUGGCGUGUACCAAUUUCGAAAAUUCAGUGAUCACAAUACGAUCACUUUGGAUAACGAAAAUGUUCCGACCAAACCAAAAGAGAGACCGAAGACGGUACCGGUGCCGAAAAUCACGUUGUUACUAUCAGAUGAUUCAAUGAUAGUGACCAAUUUGGAGAACGCCCAGCGUAUAGCGAAACGCCGAAAACUCAACCUCAUUAAGGUCAAUGAUCUUGAUAGCAAAUCGUCUCGAGCUACUUACAAACUCACAAACAACUUGUUGGAAGAAACAGAAUUCGUUCAGAUCGAUGGCAGCAAUAUCCAAUGUAAAUCAGAGAGUCCUAAACUUCUCUACAUAUCUGCAAAUAUUACUAAGCACGAUUUGUUAACAAAGAUAAAGAAUGUGACGAAAAUGUUAAACAAGGGCAAUAAGGUUAAGAUUUGUAUCAGUGUGGAGGAUGCCAAAGAUAAUAAUAUAUUGCCCACUAUAACGGAUAUGGUGAAAGAUAUUGGAAGUAUUCUAAAGCAACCUUCCAAGAAGAACAUAAUUUUACUUAUAAUAACUCCCUUAAAUAGAAAGGAUGCAAACAACUCUGUAAAUAACAUAUAAGCAACUACUGUAUCUAAUUAGCUAAAGCAAUAGAUUACAUGAGAUUUAUUGUCAAUCUUAAUGAU